AUGGGCAAUGCGCACCCACCGCCGAGUCGCCCAGAUGCCGACAACCGCCCCAACACGCCCCUCAAGCCCAUAUCUCCGACUCAGCGCUCGCGCCUGCCUAACACGCUCGCUUCACCCACUGCUAAGAGCAGUAGCCGCGUCCAGCCUUUGACAGACUCUACGCACUCGACAUGGACCCGAUCACGGCUAGAGAAAGAGCGCGAAGACUGGUGGGAUACACAGGUCACGGGGUCGGAGCAGAUAUGGGGUGCCAUACGUCUUGUAGCGCAGCAUCUACAGGCUGGGCAGUUGCAAGAGGCGCAGACGAUGCUCGAUGUCAGUGACUGCACCUGCCCGACGGGCCUGCUCUGGCGAGGCGUCUACGAUGCGACUGGCGUCCAAUACAAAGUCCCCGAGUGGGUGGUAGUAGAGCCAGAGGGCCUAGCAGAAGAGGAUGGCAUGGACGACAAAGACUUGGCUGGAGAUGCCAGCGCCAGUGCUGUGCAAGAGACGGUUGAAGAUACCCUCGCGGACGACUCCGGCAGCCUUAUACGUGUGAAAGUAAGGACGAGCCACGACCAGCGGGAUCAUCAGGUCGUCAUGCGGAUGAGAGACUCGGUCGCGACCAUUAUUGAGAAGCUGAAGAAGCAAGCAAAGCUCGAUCCCACCCUCAUAGUUCGUCUCGCAUACGGCGGACGUAUAUAUCAACCCAACGAAACUCUCGAGUCGCACUCUUACUGGAACUUUGCUAAUAACUACAUCCUCACCGCUCUCGUCUUUCAGUAA